GGAUUUAGCAGACGAAGAAACGUACUGAGCUCUCGGUAGGUUGGUAACGUCCCCGUUUGAGUUGUCCAGGAAACCCGCCAUGUCCAAGGUCCUGUCCUAAAGAGGUUUUUUUGGAGAAAGACUGCCGGCUCCUCAGCUGCAUGCCUCGCUCAGCUUGGAGAAACGGGUGAUAAGACGGGCCGGUCGACUAACUCAGCAGACAACGACAGCCACCUCGCGUGAAGUUUUUCGGGUUAGCCAGACUCCGACAUGACCCAACAAGCUGCUGCCCUGCAGACGUACAACAACGAGCUCGUCAAAUGUAUCGAGGACCUGUGCUCAAAGCGUGAUGAGCUGAACCGGCAGAUCAAGCAGGAGGAGGAGGAGAAGGAGCGACUGCAGCACGACAUCCGCGUCCUCUCGGAGAAGCUGAGCAGGGUCAACGAGAGCCUGGCGCAGAGACUCGCCGCCCGCGCCACCUUCGACCGCACUAUCGCAGAGACGGAGGCUGCUUACACCAAGAUCUUGGAGAGUUCUCAGUCUCUUCUGAGCGUUCUGAAGCAGGAGGCAGGAAACCUCAGUAAAGCCACAGAGCCCAGGAGGAAGGAGCACUAAUGGCAACGAGCGGUCACUGAACUCUACCUCUGACCACAGCCGCACACUCAAGUCUGUACUUUUUAAAAAUUUAUACUCCUCCCAGGACUAUUUGUAAUAUAUUUGAUUGUUUGGAUGUAAAUUUCUUAAGUCAAUAAAUGUAUUUCUUAACAUUU